AUGGCUGUGGAAGGAGGAGCCAAAUGCAUCAAAAUCCUCUUGUUUGUAUUCAACUUCAUAUUCUUUGUAAGUUCUCUUUCAUUUCCUCUGUAAACUAGCAUUACACUACCUACAUUGUAAUCUAUGGGAUUCUAUGAAUGUGAUCUAGCAAAUAACUUAAUCAGAUUCAGUAGACUUACUCUCAUCAACAAAGAUGAGCACCGGGGGAGGUGCCGGAAAAUGUGUUGCAGCCGAGAACCAAAGCCAAGAGCAAGGCGUAACCAUGACAACCCUGUGAGUGGCAGCCAUCGGACACUGUCACACUGCUAACCAGUGGAACCUAGAAUACUUUCCCUAUACUAACCAAAGGGAGGGCAGGGAAGGGAGCAAAACAGACCAACAAGCACAAAGCAAUGUGAACUUAUUGGGCUGACCUCAGCCAAAAAGCCCAAACGCCCUUGCGAAGCUAUGAAGGGCCCGCGAAAAUCACAAGUGAGAGACUGCUGGCCAGCAUUGUCUCGAGUUUAACAUAGCCUUAACUUCAUUAAGCCACAUUAAUAGAAAGUAUGUUACUUGUUUCAUAGCUGGGUGGUGUUGGGUUACUUGGAGUGGGGAUCUAUGUCCAUCUGAACAUUGGCGACUAUGUAGAACUAUCCUCUGUGAAGUAUGUGACAGGAUCCAUCAUCAUCAUGGUAGUUGGUGCAAUCAUUGCUGUUAUUUCGUUCUUUGGCUGCUGUGGAGCUAUCAGGGAAAACAGAUGCCUCCUUGGAACAGUAUGUAGAGUGUAACUUUCUGCCUGCUUGAUACAUACAGUAUUUUUUUUGGAUUAAGAAGGAAUCAAAAUAUUUGUGAUUAAGUUUAGUGUUACCCAAGACAGUGGAUAUAUUGAAGGUAAAGUUUCCUUUCUUUGGUUGCACCAGAAAUCAACCUAUAAGAACAGAACGAUUACGCUGUAGCUUGUAGCUGCAAGGUAACCUAGACUGAAUGCUGGUUUCACCUGCAAAUGGAUAAGCUACCCCUUGCAGUUAGUUUGCUAUAUCUAGUUUAUGCUACAAGCCUCUAUUUCAAAGCAAGGCUAAGUGCAAGGCUAUUGAUAUGAAAAACAUGACUCUUUAUUCUUAUGCAAAUAAAACUCAUUUUCACCAGAAAGGUUUUGUACAAAGCCUUGUUGUUGUAAGUGAAAUUUUUAUGGAACUUGGAAAUGGCCUACUCACAAGCUAAGUACUUUUGUUUAAAAAAAAGUCCCUCAAAGAUUUUGGGUCAACAAACAGAAAAUCACGUACUACUAUUAUUCAUUCACAAUUUUUCUCUGUUUCUGAUUGGCUAAAAUCCCACACAUAAUUCAUCAUAACCAGCUAUUGUUGGCCAAAUUUGAAAGUUUUUUGUGAUAUGUGAAAAAUGAUGUCAAAAGUGCAGCAAAAUUGCCAGAUUAUUGAACCGUUAACCAAGACAACCUGGGGAUGAGUUUGAGUUGUUUUGGUAGUGAUUACAAAAUGGCAGAACAUUUCACUCAAUUCACGAGGAAGAAAUAGGCAAACUAUUGGCUAAAAACAUAGCAAAAACAGCAAGGAGGCAACUCAAUGGACAACAUCUGCUAUUUGGAGAAUAAUAUUGCAGACCUGAACAACCCUUUAUCUACUAAACUUGUCAAUGGAGGUAGGCAUGUUUUAGGUUGUUUUUAAACUAGGAAUUAUUUUGAAUAAAUAAUAAAACAAUAUUAUUGAAUGCGGCUUUCAUUUCAUCUGAAGAAUUAUGGAGAUCUCAAAGGGUGUUACGAGCUUGGCGGAUAACAUUCUCCAAGAUCUUCAUACAUGUGUAAUUCUUCAGAUGAUAUAAAAGCCGAAUUCAAUGAUUUUUAAUAAUUAAAAGUCAUUGAAUUCGGCUUUUGAUCAGUGAAAUAUUUGUUACUAUUAUUGAUUAAAUUUUAUAAAUAUUGACGUAUUGAGUGAUAGAAAUUCUCAGUUUCCCAAGCAGAAUAAACUUCAGUCUUUAUAUCUGGAGCUUAAAUGUGUGUGUUUUUUUUCCCUCUCUCUGCAGUUCUUUGCACUGAUGUUGCUGGUGUUUGGUUUGGAAGUGGCAGGAACAGUUCUGGGUUAUGUAUAUCGUGAUCAGGUAAGAAGAAAAAUCUUGCACCAACUUGUUUUGUAUGUGUCCUAAAAAAUUAAAGUGCUGUGCAGCUUUUGAAAAACUAGAGCCUGGUGAAUAAAAUGAGUAAUCAGGGUUGUCAAAAGUAGCCGGCUGCCGGCGAAAAUCGUCCCCUACUUGGUUAGUAUCGGCUGGCUACUCUGCUUGACUUUUUUCGCAGAUGGCGUUUUUAAAUUAAAAUAUCCCUGGACUGGCUGCUAACUUUGACAACUCAGCCGUCUACUUCAAAACAUUCUGACAACCCUGGGUAAUCAAUAUUCUGGUACAACAGUGUAGUAAUCCUGGAGGUUUCUUUUUGUUUCAGCAUUUAUAGACUAGAAAUCUCUUUCACUCAGGCCCAGGUUAACCAAGAGUUGGAUACAGCACUAUCCAUGAAAGUUUAAUAAAAUUAUUAUCCAGUUGCAAAGUACAUGUAUUAUGCAAACCAGUACUUUUCAAGAAGGGAAGAUUAGCACGGUUGGUUGGUGCACAGCCUUCUGUGUGGUAGGUCCCAAGUUUGAUUCCUAGGUGUGACCACAAAUCCUUGUUUCGACUUCUUUCUUUUCCGUGUAGCUUUAAGUAGCUUUAAAUACCCUUAAAAAGAACACUGAUGGAGGGGGGGGGGGGGAGGGGCACCACCAACACCCCAGGUUUUUUUGGGAGGAGGACUUUUUGAAAAUAAUCAUAUAAAAAAAAGACUUUUUUCCUUUUAUCUUUUUUUUUUUGCGCAUUUUUCUUCAGAGAAGAGUUUUAAAAUUUCUCGUGUCUUUGUUUAAAAAAAGGGGGGGGGGGGGGGGGGGGGGGGGGGGGAAGGAGCACACCAUCAACCUCAGGUUUGUUAGUCAGAUGACUAUUUUGAAGCUAUCAACUUAAAAUAAGGACUCUCUACCUUUUACCUUUUGUCAUUGUCGCAUUAUCUUCAAGGUAGAGAUUUACACAUAUCCAGUGGAUAGUUCUUGGUAAACCGUACAUUAUUUGAACAAUUGGGCCAAGUGUGUAGCACCAGCUUUACACACCUGCUAGCGUCGUCUGUUUCAUCAUAGAAAUUCAAUUCAUCAUCAUGUGGUCUAUUUCAUCUUCAUUUUCUUACAUUCACUGAUCAAGUUGAGAUUUAAAAUGUAAAUAAUUAUGAUUAUAGUAGAUUAGUAUUUAUACUACAGUAGAACCUCGAUAACUCGAAUUCCCUGCUAACUCAAACUAAAUUUCCCUUCCCUUGAUUACAGUUUCACGGAAAUUUACCCCUUUAACUUGAAUUCUCUGCUAACUUGAACUGUUCUUCGUUUCCCUUCAGAGUUAUAGUUAUGGUGGUUCUACUGUAUUUUCAUUUCCCUCACUUUUAUCAUGUUAUUUAUAUAUAUAGUAAUAUUUCAAGCAUGAGACGCAGUGUUUCAUCAACAGUUGAAAUGCCAAGAGACAAACCUCAAGGUGUUUCAUCUGGUGAUGAAACACUGUGUCGAAUGCUUGAUAUUACUUCUCAAACAAAAUUAUUUUAAAAGGAGAAAUUAAGGAUGCAAAAAUGAACAGUUUUUCAUCUGAUUUCCAAACACUCAUUAAAUGUUUAAAUUUCCUUUGUAUUUUCUUUAUGAAUUAUUAAUGUGUUUGAGAAAUAUAUAUAUAAGAGACACUAUUAAAAAAUACUUUUAUACUUUCCUAGCUAUGAUUCUUUUAUGUUCAGUAGCAGAGGUGUUGAACAGCUUUGAUUCCAUUUUCAAUUUACAGGUCAAAACAGAGUUAAAGAAAGAUCUGAACAACACUCUGAAUCAGUACAGACAGGACGGCAAGGAUGGAGUGACCAAAGCUUUUGAUUUGCUGCAGGAAAAAGUACAGUAUUAUUGCAUUGUUGUUUGAUUUUGUAUUAAAGUUAACUCUUGCAGAAAGUAGAACAGAAUAAUAUUCUAGUAUAAUAGAUUUAGGACUGCAUUAAAUAUUCCCAUCAUUAUGUAUAUUGUAUUUGAAUAAAGUGAUAUUAUACUUGGUGCAAAGUUGCACUGUUUCCUUUCAUUGUUCAUGAAGCCAGUAUUAAAGGCGCUGUGUCACGGAAGAUCAUUUUGUUUAAUUUUGCCAAUUACUCACCCUCAAUUGCUAUGGAACUUAAAGUAAGCAAAGAAAUUACAUGUAAAUGACAAAAUCAGAGAUCCGAGACAAACAAAUUUGUCUACUGAGCAUUGUUUUUGAAGUUGCAAGCAGCAGGGUUCAACUUUGAAAAACUGUUAGGCUGAACAAUUUUAUACCUGCCAACUUUUUUGCAUUUAUAGGCCUGACAUAUUUUAUCUUAAGAGUGCCAAGAUUUUUCGUAGGGUCCAAUAAUAUCAGAAGUUGUCCGAAGACUUCCGGAGACGUUACGAAGAGUUCCUUCUAAUACGAGCACGGGAACACAAAAGAACAUUGACUUCCCUACUAAAAAAAGAGAAUUUGCAGAAAGUUGAUCAUCCACAUAGAAGGAGACUGUUCUUUUCUCUCUUUGGUUCUGGUUUCUUUGAAUAACUAAUAUAUUUUUCAAAAUGUGUCAGUUUGCUGUAAAUGGCUCAAACUUUUUCACCAGGUGUGACAAAUCGUAACACAGGCGUGAGUAGGCGUGAGUUCCAAGUUUUCAAUCCGCAGGCGUGACAAUCACGCCUUAGGCGUGACACUUGGCAGGUAUACAGUUUUCAAAAACCCUAAUUUCAAUCCGUUCAAUCUUCUUCAGUUUUGCCCAUCCGUGGCAUCUGUUGUUUCUGUUAUGUUAUUUUAACCUUCCUUGCGGGCAUUUUGUAAUUUCCUAAUUUGGCUGAAUUUCGUGACACAGCUCGUUUAACCCCAAUGCUUAGUUUACUGUGCUGUUAGUCUUAUACAGUCAAACCCUGCUUUACAUACACCCACUUAAUGUGGACACCUCAUCAUUACGGACAGUUUGCUUUGUCACUGGGGGCAGAAAGUGGCUUAAAUAUAUUUUUGCUAAAUGCAGGCCACUUAAUACUGACACCCUAUUAAUACGGACAAUUUCUAUGGUCCCCACAGUGCUAGCCUGUGUACAGACGUCCCCACUCCCUCAGGAAAAAUCGGGAGAGGAGACGUCUGUGAAUCGCCGUUCAAUGAAUCGUGUUCCGGUAUACAUUUGCAUAAAUUAUUUUUUUGUUCUUUCGCUGACAGUUGAAAAGGCACCGGCAGGUCGAAAAAUAGCUCUGGCGUCUGUGCACAGGCUAGCCGAACAUCUUCACGCAAUGUCCACCCAAAAAUCCAGAUAUAAGAUCUCUGAUUACAGUCAAGCCAGGUCAAGCGUACCUUCAGAGAUCAUUAAUGUAUUUAUUAUUCGAAAUUAAGUUGAACCGUUGGUACAGUUGUCGAUUUCAGAUUCACCUCUGUGUGCAUUUUUGCAUGCAUAAUGAGCCGUGAAUUCACACGCGAUUUAGUUACGAAAUUUCUACCAGCCCAGUUUCCCUGAAUUUGAGGUAAAUGUCUUCUAAGACCAUUUAAUCCAUUCAAAGAUUUUCAAUCUGACCAAAUGCAGAGAAGUUCUCUUAAAAUAUUCACUGCAUACAGGAAUGCCAAUUUAAAUUUGACACCAGUUACGGGAACGACUAACGGAUUCAUUUUUCAAAUAAUCAAUUCAUUAAUAGAAUCUUUUUGGGGUAGGCUUGACCUGCCUUGGCUGUUAACGUUGGAUUUUGUAUGUCUUCUCUUUUAUUUACAAUACCGACCGGUACAGACAGACGCAUCUGCAACCGGUGCAGCAAACAUCGGUGGUCUUAACUUCUCAAGCCUUUUCGAGAGAGCCGAAAUACAAAUACCGGUAAACAAAUAUGAAUGUCCACAAAGGCUGAGCUUUUCCCUGGGGAAUCUAUUCUGAGGUUCAUUCACCAAUCACAACACCGGAAAUUAUUUGCGUCAUGGCAUUAACAUUACAACCAAUCAGAGGCUGUCCCCAACAUUCCGGGGAAACAGGAACACGAUUAUCGUCGGCGAUUCACAGACGUCUUCUCUCCCGAUUUUUCCUGAGGGAGUGGGGAUGUCUGUACACAGGCUACACAGUGCCAGUAUUAAUGGGGUUGACUGUAUUUGCUUUGAGAAUGGUAUAUCCUUUAGUCUUGAGUAUGAGAACUGGAAAGUGGAGUUUAGAAAUUAUUUCGUUUUUGUCCAACCAUGAAAGAGUUAACAACACUCAGAGCUGUUAAUAAGGGCCGGUAGCCAGCCGAAACUGCUGGCUAGUUAGCCAUCCUUAGCCGGCUUCUUCCAUCUCUUUCUACCACAACUGCUGACAAAAAAUAGGCACCGCCCAUCAAAAUAAAGCAUAUGUUUCCCAGUUUUGAAUGACAUUGAACCCUUAUUUAAACAGGUUUAUAUCUGUUAAACAUUCGAACCAUGCGAUGUCGUGGAACGCUUGGGACAUUUUGGUGACAUUGUUCCCAGUCUUGCGUGUAUUCUGACAAAACAACAUGGCGUCUGCGGUGAAAAAUACCUCUUCAAAACCCCUGGAAACGCCAUUUCGGAGACUCUAAACUUCAAAAUAUCCCUAGAUGCCUCUGCCCUCAAGAACUUGUGCCUUUGGUGCAAGUUCCAAAGCCGCCUACUAUUCAUUAUUGGCCAGCUACUUAAAAACUUUUUGACAGCCCUGAACACUGGUGUUUAUAAGGUAUCUGUGCAUAAAUUCCCAGGCUAUGUCCAGUCACCAGGAUUUGGCAAUAUUUUUUGUCAAAAGUGUGUUUGUAGUCAGGAACUUAUGUUUAAUACCAAUUAUUGGUAUACACCUUUGACACCAGCACCCUGUGCCUGUCUUAGAGAGAUAUCUGUCUUAAAGAGAGUCAACUAAAGGGAGUAACGAAGGGCGGGGACCAACUCUAGGUGUCCCUUUUAGCAAGGUGUCCGUCUUGUAGUGGUGACCUUAAGUGAGAUUUGGCUCUAAAUACACUUGAUUUGGCUCAAACUUUUCAUAUGAUUCUGUUAUAAUUAUACUGUGUACAAAAUGGAAGUUCUUUUCAAUGGAAAGGUUAAUAUUAUAUUUUGAUUUUCUGCAACAGGAGAAAUGUUGUGGAGUUAAUGGCUAUAGAGACUGGCAAAAAACUCCCUUCACCAAUGGAAGCCAUAGCAUUGUUCCUGACAGUUGCUGUAAGGAAGUGAAACCAGGAUGUGGAGACAUAUCAUCUUCAAUAGAUGACAUUUACACUGACGUAAGCCUUAAGAGCUAGUUGUUCUUGAGAAAGACUUUGCAUGAAAUAGUAAGAUCUUGUUGACUCCUUCAAGAAACUUUUUAAGGACUGAGAAAUCGACAUGGGGUUUUGGGGAGGUUACGUUUUCUUUGGUCUAGGGUUUUUCAGAGGUUUCAUUGGAAGCCCUAGGGAUUUUGGGGAGUUUUGAAUUUUGCCCCCUUCUGAUCAUACGUGUUACUUUAACUGCAGAAUACCCCCUGGGACAUUUAAUCAACUAAGAAACACAUUAAGUCAUAUCACCUGUAUUUCCUUUUUGGGUGUGAUGAAGUUUGUUAAUAAGUUUUAUGCUUAUCUAUAAAUAAACAAAAUAUUACAAUAUUAUGUUGCAACAUUUUGUCUUUUAAUCAUUUUUAGGGUUGCUACCAAAAGACGCUGAAAUUACUGCAAGACAACUUGAUGAUCAUCGGUGGAAUUGGAAUUGCAGUGGCUGUCAUUCAGGUUUGUUUACAAUUUCACCUCAAUGUAGUGCACAAUCAGGGUGUUCAUUAGACAUUGGGGAUCGGAGAAUUUUCUGUUCACUAUGCAGAAUUCUCUGGCAAACAUUCAGUAGCUUACGGCUACUUUCUAUUAGACGUGGAGCCUCUUUCAAAAUAUUCUCCUGUAAUAUUACACCUUUCUCCUGCUACUAGAUUAUCUUAAGAAAUUAUGAAUACCCUGACAAUAAUAAUAUUGUGCAAGAAAUGACUGAUUUCUUUUGUGUUACUUGAAAUAAUUUAACAUAGAAAUUCAAGCCAGGUUUACAAUGAGAAGAUUUGUCGCGAUUCUUGACAAAUCUGGAACAUUUUAGUACCAGAUUCUUAUUUUCAUUCCUUUCAAUAUUGGUUUUGCUUUGCUAUACAGGGUGGAACCUCAAUAUAACAAACCUCUUUACAGCGAAUUAAGUCCUCUGUAUACAAAAGCAAUACUCUACUCUCCUUUAAUAUGUCAUAAUAUUACAUGGAAAAGAGACCCUCAAUGUAUUAGAAACCCUCAUUGUAGCAAGCAUACUUUACCAGUCCCUUUGUUUUUUAUUAUAUCCAGGUUCCAGUAUUCUGUGAUCUGAGAAAUUAAAGGUCUCCUUCUUUGUCAGUUAUACCUACAAUUCUGUCCAAAUGGUUUUGGUACACUUCCCUUCCCUGUCCUCUUCUUAUUGUGGAAUCUUGGUGGUGGGGGCGGGGGCUACUCCUGGGGAUUCUUGGUGGGGCUGUGCCGCUUGGUUUUCCGAAUCCUGACCCUAUUUCUGACCAAAAAAAGGUUAUUCUCCACAACCAUUUCAGCCUGCAAAGAAAGUAGUGUCCAAUAGCCCGGGACUAGUGGAUUUUCCUAUCAGGCUAGUGAAUUUGGUUCUUAACUUGCCAACGGGCAAAUGAAGGUUUUUGAAGAAUUCAAAUUACAUAAGAACUGUGUAGUCAGUCCUUCUCAUCAAAACGUUUUGGGGGCUGGUUGAAGCUACAGCUUGCCUGAAUGGCAAGCUAUAAAAUGACUUUCAUUUCACAGGCAGCCGUUUUCAGAGCUGGCCCCUAAAAUCUGUACCUGUUUUCAAAUCUGGAAUAGGCAGAAAUUUAUGUCAUUAGGUCUAAGAUAAGAACUCCAACAAAAAGAUUUCUCAAAAUCAAAUUCAAAUUGGCAUAUUACUCUUUCUUUCUCAUUCCUUUGGAACUGAAUUGACAAAUACAUAAAAUUAAUACACUUGCUUAGUACCCUCGAAAACCAUACCUGAUUCCAGACCAAAAUGGACAAAGUCAAUACCCAUUUUCAGACUGAAACGACGCAAAAACCAUACCUAUAUGACUUAUAUAAGGGAGUACCCCUCCGGGUAUGGAAUAACUCAAUAACUGCUUUUGAGCAAUGAGUUAACUUUAUUUGUUGAAUUUUUUUUUUCGACAGCUUCUCAGCAUGAUAUUCUCCAUGGUCCUGAUAUGCAAGAUUAAAGAUCAGAGUUCUUUUGCUUGACAACUUAACUGCCCCAACAUGAGCUUACAGUCCCUGUGUCUCUUCAUGGCUAUAUUUGCAUUUGAUGUAAACAUAAUCUUGCAAAAAGUUCUUACAAACAAUUUUUUUAUAGGUAGACAUUAAAUAACACCUAUCAGAAGUGGAACAUUUUAUUGUUGUAUAAAAAGGCAUUUGUAUUGCUCUUUUCAAUAUUAAUUUGCUUGAAGGAGGCAAAAGAACACAAUAAGUGCAUUGUUUUGCACUCUCAUGUGACAGAUUGCAACUGUUUUCAUUGAUACUUGAUUGUUGUCCUGGCAACUUUUAAGGCUAUCCCAUACUCUUUCGUCAACAAUUGCACGUUUGUUGAACACACUGGAGAUGGGUAGCAUGAACUUAGCAAAGACCAGUCCUUAUAUACAAUGUUUUUGUUGGAGUGUAUAAUAUUAAAUGAGAAGCACACUGUGAGAAUUUUGCAAAUUUUGCAUUUAUUAUAUUCCAGCUUGGAUUUCUAUUGUCUUGCAAUUUUAAUUGAAUGUUAAUUGUUUCCUUUUUAGUUUUUUGGAUUACUUCUGCCUUUUUUCCUCUAUGACAACAAUGUUCCCGCCCAAUUGUCUCUCAACGGCAUUUUAUGCAGAAUUUAACCAUAGUCUGUCACUAUUAAGCUAAAACUAUGAAGCCAAAUGGAAAGCCACAAGAUUGUAUUCCUCACGUAUUUCAAAUAUGUGACUUCAGAACAUUCUUGUCUUUAUCAUAUAUCUUGAGAGCGGAGCUUUUGGGAAUAUUUUAAGUGAAGAAAAAUAUAGAAUAAUGAGUGCUUGGCUACAUUUUUAACAUGGAAUUCGUAAUAUUGUUAAGAUAAAUCUAGUUUUGAACAACCGGACUUUCUGAAGGUAUAAUAUACUUGUAUGUUCAAAAAAAUAUUUAUUAGCACUUUUCUGAAUGGCAAAGAUAAAUAAAAAUUGAUGUUUGCACUUUGCAAAGUGUAAAGUACACAUUUACUUUGUAAUGAACAAAACGCAAAUUAUGAAACCUCAUGUGGACUAGUACUGGAAUCAUCAGCUUUCAAGCAGAGACAUCUUACAAAAGAAGUGUGUUGAAUAAGAUGCAAACUUCUUGUAUAAAUGGCACAAAAACACUUUGUAUCUCAAAUAAGACAUUAUUUAACUAAGAUGCAGCUGAUAUGCUCUUAAAAAUGGUUCAGUAUGUCUUUUAUCUUAAGAUGCACCUUGUGUAAGACACACCAUAUUUUUCUCUCAUAACCAGUUAUAGCUAUCGCUAAGUGCAAAAGGGCAAAGAUUUUACAUACAUGCGCAGGCUGUUUAUGUUGUUGAGAAAUGUCAUGAAUUACCAUAAUUUACGAGAAUGCAGGCUGCAGGUAGGUCAUGUCAUGUCAUGUCAUGUGUCCAUCAUUUAUUGUCAUGGAACACACUCAUGCAUUAUGCACAUGUUCACUCAAAAACAAUACAUUCUCUGUUCUGCAUUACGUUAUGAAAGUUACCUUACACUACCUUAUGUUACAUCGCUUCAAGAUUCAUUCUGCCUUGGAACUUUCGCGCGGCUUUAUUAUGCUGCCACUUUGCAGCCUCGUCUUCAAGAGGCUGCUUGUUGGCAAUUAGAUGCACCUAAUGUCUAUCUUCCUG